AGAGACGUGCAGUGAGAGAGUUAGACAACUGGGCGGGCUGAAAUAAUUUGGUGACAGGAGAGAGGGAGGGAGUAUAAAAGGUCAGUUUUGGUGGGGGGUGAAGUCAGGUCAAGAAGAAUUUGGUAUAGUCACGCAGGAUAUUUCACUUCUUUGCAGUGUUUUUGUGACCCGUCUCGCCGUCUUCCUCAAAUCAUGGCCGACUAUGACAUGGUUCUGAAGUUCUGGGGGCCAGUGGAGGCUGACUACAAUGCCAAUGGCGGACUGGUUCUGACCCGUUUAUUCACAGAGCACCCAGAAACCCAGAAGCUGUUCCCCAAGUUUGAGGGCAUUGGCCAAGGUGACCUGGCUGGUAAUGCAGCUAUUUCUGCCCACGGUGCCACUGUGCUGAAGAAACUCGGAGAGCUGCUGAGGGCCAAAGGCAACCACGCUGCCAUCCUCAAACCUAUGGCCAACAGCCACGCAACAAAGCACAAGAUACCCAUUAAUAACUUCAAGCUGAUUACCGAGGUCAUUGUUAAAGUCAUGGCAGAGAAGGCAGGACUCGAUGCCGGCGGGCAGCAAGCCCUGAGGAACGUGAUGGCCGUUGUCAUCGCUGACAUUGAUGCCACCUACAAAGAGCUGGGCUACACCGGCUGAAGAUUACAGUCCCAUGAGUUGUGCCAGGGUCAGAUAAUAGACAAGAACAUUUCCCACAUGCAUGUCCUUUUUUGAAAAUGAAAGUUUAAUCCUCUGUAUAGAUACAUUAACUAAUUUACUAGGAAAGGAAAUCCCUUACAGCAUCACCCUACGAGUUAAAGAACAUAAUAAGCUUCACAAAUAUAUCUUUUAUUGCAGCAUUAUUGUACUAGAUUGUGUUAGAUGGUAAAGGUUUUUCUGUCAUUGUCAGUCCCUCCAGUCAGUUGCGAUCGCAACAAUAAAACACAAAUUUGAAAAAUCCCUGUAAAUUCUGUGAGACCUUAGUUUUUGUCCUUUCACCAAAUCUUUUCUGCAAAUUUGACCAAUCAUUGUAGUUUCCUGCUCAAAACCUUCAGCCAUACAUCAAACUUGUUUAUCCUGUCCAAAUAUUGUAAUUUUUUCCUCACUGGAUCAAGUUUGCUUUGAUCUUUAGUGAAUUGAAUUAAUGAAAAAUCCCCCAAAAUUGCACCCAUUUUUGCAAUUUUCACUUUGUCUCACAAUUUCAUUGGAAAAAUGCCCUAAAACAUGGCAACAUGCAUUGUAAUCUUUUAUUAAAACUGCCAUGAAAUCAGGUAUUUUUAGGGUCAAAAAGCCUGUGAAAUCCUGCUGUAGCUGCUCAUUAAUUAAUAAAAUGUUCUUUAUUUUAGUUAAAUGAGAUUAAUCUUCAGGAUUCUUGUCUAACAACAUACUGUAACCCUUGUCACAUAUUAACAAUAAAAUUUUGUCUCUCUA